AUAGUGUCGUAGACACUUCCUUGCUACCCCCGCAAGCAACUGGAUGACAGUUGUUUGGACACGGUUCCUGCAAUAUCUCGAAAUAACCAGCUUUGAUGUAGCGACAGCUGUUAGUCAUGGCUGCCCCAGUAUGUGAACCCAACUUUCCUUCCCCCUCUUUCUUUGCACAGAUCCAGUCGCCGACAAAAACCAACGGUACCCCCGUUUUUCAUUUUCGGAAAACAAUGGACACACUCUCCCCCUAUUAAAUCCGCGUCUGCCAAACCCCCCUUCUUCUUCAUCACCGCCAACUGAUCUCGCUUUCUCUGGACUAAAUUCCCGUUUGUAUUUUGAUCGCCUAUCAUGUCUCCGAAUGCAAACACCAGAGACGCAAAAUUGGGUGAUUCUGUGAACUCGUCUGUGGAUGUGAAUUUGAGUAAUGGCAAUCUUCACUCGACUAAUGGUGCCGUUUCUAAGCCCUUCAAGAUCUUCGUAGGGUAUGAUCCACGAGAGGACCUUGCAUACGAGGUCUGUCGGUACUCGAUUCUGAAGCGGGCAUCAAUACCUGUUGAGAUUGUGCCCAUUAAACAAUCCGAUUUGAGGAAAAACGGGUUGUAUUGGCGUGAAAGAGGGAAGCUUGAGAGUACUGAGUUCUCAUUUAGUCGGUUCUUGACUCCACAUUUGGCUAAUUUUGAAGGAUGGGCAAUGUUUGUUGAUUGUGAUUUUCUGUACUUAGCAGAUAUAAAGGAAUUGAGAGAUUUGAUUGAUGAUAACAAUGCUAUAAUGUGUGUUCAACAUGAUUAUGCACCUAAGGAGACGACUAAAAUGGAUGGGGUGGUGCAGACUGUGUAUCCACGGAAGAAUUGGUCUUCAAUGGUUUUGUACAACUGUGGACACCCCAAGAAUCGGACCUUGACGCCGGAGGUUGUGAAUUCCCAAACGGGUGCUUAUCUUCAUAGGUUUCAGUGGCUGGAUGACCAUGAGAUUGGUUCAAUUCCAUUUGUGUGGAAUUUUCUUGUGGGUCAUAACAAGGUUGUUGAGAAUGACCACACUACACUUCCCAAGGCCAUACACUACACUCUCGGAGGGCCGUGGUUCGAGUCAUGGAAAAAUUGUGAUUUUGCAGACUUGUGGGUGAAUGAAAUGGAGGAAUACAAGAAGACAAUAAAGAACCUAGGAGAGUAGGUGCAGCGGUUGAUGGUGUAAUUCCUUUAUAUCCUGUUAAGGUGAUGGUUUGUGGUCAAUAAUUGUUUUAGUGAUCUUUUUUGUGUCUCAAUUAUGCCCUUUUGACAGAGUUGGCAUUCUUUUAGCAGUUAAUGGGAAACAUAUCCUGUAUGUAGUGCUUAUAAUAUUCACUUUCCUUUGUAUUAAUUUUAUUUGAAGGUAUUACCAUUUUUUAAAAUAAUCUGAAUACAUUAUCGAGUUUCUUAGUCAUUUUCAAUCAAUAAAAAAAAGUUCAGCUUCAUGAUUUA